CGAAGUCGGACACUCAUUUCAUCAACACUCAUGGCUCACCCUCUCCCCUCCGCCGCACUCCCUCCUGUGCCCGCGCCCCUCUGCCACCCGCCCAACUUCGCCCACCUCAUCUCCACCGCCACCGCCCUCCCCCACCUCAAGCAAAUCCAAGCUCAGAUCCUCCGCAACUCCCACCACCACCACCACAACCACCACCUCUUCCAACUCCUCCUCUAUUCCCUCCCCUUUCCUACCUACGCCCUCUCCUUACUCUCCUUCAUCCCUACCGACAGCCCCCCGCCGCCGCAGCUUCCCAACAAGAUCCUCAAACACCUCUCCCGCUCAGACGGCCCCCACAAGGCGCUCGUGUUUUUCCAAGCGAUGCAGAACAAAUUCUUCCCCAUCGACAGGUACAGCUUCCCGCCGUUGCUAAAAGCGGCGUCGAGAGCUCUAUCGCUCAGUGAAGGGAAAAUGAUUCACGGGCUGGCCGCGAAACUUGGGUACGAAUCCGACCCUUUUGUGCAAACUGCCUUGCUGGGAAUGUACGCCGCUUGUGGGCUGAUCUCGGAGGCCCGUCUAGUGUUCGAUAAAAUGCCUCAGAGAGAUGUCGUCACUUGGAAUAUCAUGAUCGAUGGAUAUUGUCAAAGCCGGCUUUUUGAUAAUGUCUUAGCUCUCUUGGAAGAGAUGAAGAGCUCUGAGGUACAACCGGACGCGAGAGUUUUUACUACCAUUCUUGCUGCGUGCAGCCGUGUUGGGAAUUUGGAUUUUGGGAGACUAGUGCAAGGAUAUAUAUCUGAGAGCAAUGUCGUCUUUGAUUAUCACUUGCAAACUGCUCUUUUGAACAUGUAUAUCAGCUUUGGCGCCAUGGACUUGGCACAGAGUUUCUAUGACGAACUGAAGCCAAAAAACGUGGUGGCUUCAACUGCCAUGAUCACUGGGUACUCAAAAGUCGGCAAUCUUGAAGCUGCUCGACUCAUUUUUGCUGAAAUGGUUGAUAGAGAUCUGGUGUGUUGGAGUGCCAUGAUUUCCGGUUAUGCUAAUAGUGAUGAACCUCGUGAAGCUCUUAAGAUAUUUCAUGAAAUGCAGAAUCAUGGAAUUAAGCCCGAUCAAGUCACCAUGCUGAGUGUUAUCUCAGCAUGUGCUCGUCUUGGCGCACUGGAUAAGUCUACACAAAUCUGUUCGUAUGUGGACGAGAAAGGUUUUGGAACGGCUUUGCCUAUCGCUAAUGCCCUGAUUGAUAUGUAUGCGAAAUGUGGCAGUCUUGACAGAGCGAAGGAGGUAUAUGGCCGCAUGCACAGGAAGAACGUGAUAUCUUGGACGAGCAUGAUCAAUGCUUUUGCCACACACGGGGAUGUGGACAACGCCCUGAGGCAUUUUCGACAGAUGAGAGUUGAAAAUGUUGAACCGAACUGGAUCACGUUUGUGGGUGUUUUGUAUGCUUGUAGUCAUGCAGGAUUAGUCGAAGAGGGAGAGAAGUUGUUUGAAUCAAUGGUUAAAGAAUAUGGAAUAGCUCCGAGGCUAGAGCAUUAUGGAUGCAUGGUGGACCUUUAUGGUCGAGCUGGUCGUCUCAGAGAUGCUCUGGAGAUAGUAGAGAGUAUGCCUAUGGCUCCGAAUGUUGUCAUCUGGGGUUCGUUGAUGGCUUCCUGCCGUGUUCAUGGUGAGUCUGAGUUAGGCGAAUUCGCUGCAAAACGUCUUCUUGAGAUAGAUCCUGAUCACGAUGGAGCCCUCGUGUUCUUAUCAAACAUAUAUGCGAAAGAGAGGAAGUGGGAGAAUGUAGGAGUGGUGAGGAAUGCCAUGAAGCAUAAAGGUGUAUCAAAGGAACGAGGAUGCAGCAUGAUUGAAACGGAUGAUGAUAUACACACGUUUCUGACAGCGGACAAGAGUCAUAAACAAACAGAUGAGAUCUACGCUAAGUUAGACGAGGUGGUUGCCAAGCUGAGAGAGGUAGGCUACGUUCCAAACACCGACUGUGUCUUGACGGAUUUGAGCGAAGAUGAGAAGAAGGAGGCCGUUCUUUGGCACAGCGAGAAGCUAGCUUUGUGUUACGGGUUGAUAAGCAAGGAGAAACAAUCCACGAUUCGCAUAAUUAAGAAUCUUAGGAUCUGUGAGGACUGCCACAACUUCAUGAAGAUGGCGGCGAGGGUGUUGGAUAGAGAUAUUAUCAUCAGAGAUAGAACUAGAUUUCAUCACUGUAGAGAUGGUGUGUGUUCUUGCAAGGACUACUGGUGAGACAAAAUGAUUAUUCCAUAAAAAGUGAAUAUAAAUAUAUUAUUGCAAAAAUUUGUGUCUACAAAUUACUACCACUACAUAUAUAUGUGCCCUUGUUCAAGAAAUAGCAGCAUCAACAAAACAUGAAGAGCUUCUCUCAUGAGGAUUGAGAAGAGAUGAUCUUCCAUGACUAACUCUCUCAUGUAGGAGGCACGAUGUGCCCUAGUCUAUCAUCAUCAGAAUUUUGGCCUCCAAAUGCAGCUGAAACCAACUUCGGGUUGUGCCCGAUGAAGCUCCUUCUGUACUCGAGGAUCCAUGUGUUCGACUCAAGCUGCACCACUGAGAUCUUGCAGAAUACUCAGCUGCAAGCAAUCCAGCAGUCUGCAGUGGCCAUCCCCAAAUGCUUACCUCCUCGAUCAUCGAUUCAUAGAGUACGCAUCGCGAGGUAAGCAGCAGCCCAUCCUAAAUCCAAUUCACAACACACCUCAAACAAAAGCAAAAGAUCAAGAAAAAGAGACACUAUACACACUACAAACCUGAUUGAUUUUCCACAAGGAAUGAUCAACAGAGCUGCAGCCCAAGACAUCUCCACCGACCAACCUCUCCAACUCAUUCUUCAAGAACUCAAGCCUUCCACUCAAACUCUCGAAAUCCCUCGAUUUCGAACCCAAAUUCUUGACAAAUUCCGGAGAUAACCUAGCCUUUGCAACCCCAGAGACCAUCCAAGAAGCCCCAUACUCCACGCCGAAAACAAGGAUCAAACACCAAAAUGUUCUCAACAAAAACACCCCAUAUUUCAAAUCAUCAUUUCUUCUCUUCUGACGACAAAUUCUUUCUGUCAAACCCGGAGUUGGAGAGGCCGGCACACCCGUCAUCGUCCGAGCACUUGAUUUAGGUGUGGAAAGAUCAGCUGAGGAAGAGUUGAAAGAAACAGGGCUUCUUGAAAUGAAGGAUCGUGGGGCAUAGGAUUUUGUGAAGGAGCUUCGGUUGGUGCUCUGCGGCAUCAAAUCGAGCGUCGCGUUUAUGCUGGCGAUGCAGAUUUCGCACUUGCAGUUGGCAUCUUUCUUGCAGCCUGGGAAAUAGAAAAUGUCUCUCGUUUCUGAUGGAUUGGUGUCCACUGUGAGCGACGAUUUGACAGAGGAAUUUGGCGUCUGCAUCGCCAUUUUCGUGGUUUCUUCGAGAGUUUUGUGUUUUCUUGAAGUCAUAUCUUUUGUGGAAUUUGAAUCUCUACUUUAUCUUUGGUGCAAAGCCAUAAGUGAAAGCGAGAAGUGCUGUUGGGUUUUUAGAAAUUUGAAUCUCUAACGGUCGAGUCAAAUGGAUUUUAAAAUUGAGGAUACGAACAAUAUUAAAUGACA